AUGAUUCGUAAAAAUAUAGCAGUCUUCAUUCAUUUGGCGCUCGCCUUCCUUGCAAACACGGACGUCCACGCAGAUGUCUCCUGUGGAGGGCACUUUGCAGACUCUUGUGCCGAUUGUCCGCAAGGGAAUGGAGCUGCAUGGUGCAACGGGGAAUGUGAAUGGGCGAAUGAUCAGUGUCAGUUACAGCAGGUUCAGUGUGGCCCGACCUCCAUGGCGACCAUUUGCUCCGAGUGCCCACGAGCACAAGAUGAAUGCUCCAGCCAAGAUUGUUCAUGGAUGACAACCACGGGUCUUUGCCGUGACGCCUUUUCCGAUAACGUUCGAACCGCCAGUGUUCACUUGUCGUAUUCCAAGCCAAUAGCACGACCGGCAUGGUGGUUUCAACGCGUCGUACCGACAGCAUUGGCUGAUGUUUCCUAUCUGGCAUCCAAUGGACAUCGAUUUGGCUAUGGAUGGAUUCAACAGCAGGACGAUAGAACGGGUCGUGUGCUCUUUAGUGUUUGGGAUCAAGGAGGCUGUGAUCAAGACGAGGGAGGUUGCAACUCUGAGGAUGUGGCACAGACCGUGGCUUGUGGGUCGGGUGUGACUUGUGAAGGCUUCGGCAAUGAAGGAACCGGCCGCAAGUCAUUCUUCGAUACCUCGUCUCUGCCAAACGAAAACCAAGCCUACUACAUGGUGACACAGGCGGCAUAUCUGGGCAAUCGUCGCAUGGAGUACACUGGUUACUUUUUGGAGGGGAACCAAUGGAGACUGUUGUCCCGUAUUCAAGUCAGCACAAACCAAGGCGAGGAAUGGUGGAUCGAUGGCAUGUAUUCCUUUGUGGAGCAAUGGCUCGAGAUCCAAACCACCCGGGAUCGAGCAGCACUCUUCGGCCCCAGCUAUGUCGCCGAGGUUCACAGAAGUACUUUUGUACAGGUCCCAUCGGCUACAUUCUCGCAUGGGACACUUGAAAACCACGAACACGUCAAUGCAUGGCAAGCCGGUGCUGAGUGGAACUAUGCUGUUGGCAUUGCCACCGGUGGAUCUACGACACCGGUUGCAGAGCGCGGAGACACCUUCAACUACGUAGAUCUGGAUGCCAGUAGUGAACUGGGGCGUUUUCAAGGGGCAAUUUCCUGUCUUUCCGAAGCAGCGUCUACAAGAGAGGCAAUCGAGGGUUGUCUUGAUUCCAUCGGUGAUUCGGAUGGUGGAUCAAGCGGGGGAACGUCUCCAGGAGGUGAAUCAACUCUUUGCUUCCCUGGAGACAGUCUUGUGAACUUGGAGAACAAAGGUUGGGUCCCCCUGUCAACCAUCAAAAUUGGUGACAAAGUUUUGGUCUCACACGAUGAGAAGUACAGACUCGUGUACUCGUUUGGACAUUACAAACAGGAUGUCUACGCUGAGUACCUUGAGAUUCGGUCCACCAAAGUCGAGCACCCUCCUCUAGUGAUCUCUUCCGAGCACAUGGUCUCAACAGGUGAUGGGCGGUGGGUACCUGCGGCAAUCCUCGAGGAAGGCGAUACGUUGUCCAGCGACAAUGGCGUCGCGUGCACCAUCACAUCAAUAGGUCGUGUGAGACGUAAGGGCAUCUUUGCUCCUCUCACCGAGUCGGGAAGCAUUGUCGUGAAUGGAAUUGUGGCCUCUACGUACAUUGCUUUUCAACAUUCGGAAUUCAUUCACAUUGGAGGUAUUGAGACGCCGUGGUCCUUUCAAUGGAUGGCCCACACAUUCGAGGCUGGUCACAGGCUAGCUUGUCGAUCAAUUCCAACCUUGUGUUCCCGAGAAACCUACAGCGACUCGGGAAUAUCUCAUUGGCUGAAUACUCCAAUAAAGGUUGCGCGCUGGAUUCUCGCAUAGAAGAGAUUUUACUUCACAUAAAGUAUCUUGUUACCCAUCUAUCUGCGUUCUGAAGAGUGGCCUCAACAGUACAUGGAUGCUACUGGACAAUCACCCUUCCCCACUCCAGGAUCAACAUCAAUACCGACUCUGGUUCCCCCAGCAGGCCCAAUUCACACUCUGGCCAUCUCCCUGUCCCACUCCUCAAGGCUCAAGGUCUAACUUUCAGUUGAGGCCCAACUCUCACUUGAGUGUUGGACCCACACAGAGCCUUCAACAGAACUAACACAAACUAGAGGAACACUUCCUGGAAGUUCCCUUUUCGGGCAACCUAACUAUGAGGAGCAAGGGCUCAGCAGGUGGAGUUUAGCCAGUCUGUCAACAUCAACUACUCAGUAAUUUUUUUCUUUGACAUUGAUCAAUUUGAGUCAAAAUGGAUCCACUUGAGUCAAAAUGGAUUGAUUUGAUCGAUUUUGAUAUUUUGAUGCAACAUUGACAAUUUAUUCAAAUUGUCAAGAAUUGAUAAAAUGGAACAAUACUGAAAUAAUUGAU